AUGGCACUUAAGCCGAGCCUAGAAAGUCUUUUGUCAAGUUUGUCCCUUGUGGACCUUGUGCGACUCGUCCCUGUGCUAAGUCUGUGCAUCUGUAUACUGGUCUUCAUGUUGAAGAAAUGGCAGACAUCGUACAGACUCACACAGAGCCUGGGUUCUGCAGAGGGCGAAGUUUCGUCAUCGAAAAUGCAUGGUCGAGAGAAGACCAAAAGAAAAUGGGGAGAAUGGAAACCAUCGAGUUUCAAACGACCUGCAGCAUGCCCGUAUUCAGACUGGGACGUUCACUCCUCCAAUCCCAUUCCUUACAGGCCUUUCCGAUAUGGGCCAACCUAUUCCGUCACUAUGGGGUUGCGUAGCAUGGAAUGGGAUGAAUGGAUCGGUAAGAAGUCCUAUGCCCGACUUUUUCGCCAUCUUGAACGGGACACUUUUGUGCUAAUGUUCUUUGAGUUCAUCCUAAAUGAAGAGCUGGACAAUCAGUAUCUCAAGUAUCACUCGGGUAGGAAUAGGCGCAUAGCGGAGAGAGGCGAGAAAUGCUUUGGUACCGCUCCAGAAGCAAUGGAUGGAGCCAUCGAACUACUCGAAGAACUAUGCGAAUAUCUUCCAGAAAGAUACCCUACCAUGUUCCAAAAGACGCCUACCGGGAUCAGCAAUGCCCUCACGGGAGAAACCUUCGAUAUCACGCAACGCCCCCUUCCCGAAGACCCCAUGGCCACCGCAGCCCGUUUGAUCCAAGAUGACCUCGCGAUUAUGGUCGAGCGCGCAGAUGGCGAAUACUAUCUCUUAGCAGGCGCGAUUCUUCUCGCGGGCUUCUGGCGCUUCAGAGAUAAAUUCGGUAUGCCGCUGUCCGAGAUCCACACUUCCGGCAAUGUGCCACAGUAUCAAGAAAAAUUACAACGAGGCAUGAGGAACUUCUUCCGUCGACUCAAGCCCGAAGAGCCCAUGUUGCGGAACAAUUACUUUAUCCAGGUGGAUGACAACCUAGCUUGGUCUCACAGUAUUGGAUCCGAGGAUUCGGAGACGGUAUCGUGGAACACAGCUGCUAAGAACAAAGCUGUCGAGCAUCACUUUUUUCGUUCAGAGAGGCAGUCACUACGACGGUUACCGAGAUCGGGAGUCGUUGUUUUUACGAUUCGGACUUAUUUUGAGCCGGUCACGGAGAUUGUGAAAGAGCCUUAUGUGCCCGGUCGUUUGGCUUCUGCUAUUCGCAGUUGGGGCGAUGAUGUUUCUAGGUACAAAGGAAGGGAGAAGUACGCGGAGGUGCUACUGGAGUAUUUGGAUCAGAAGCACGAGGAACAGGUUCAAGCAGGUCUUGAUAUCGAGGAAGAAGAUUUGAUUCGGAAAUACCCUCUUUAG